UACACAUAUACAUUUUUUCCCCUUUAUUAUACUAGAUAUCAUUCAUAUUCAUCAAAUUCUAGUCAUCGAAAAACAAACUUAUACAAGAAGUUAUGUUCGUGUCAUUUCUUGGUAAUCAAAAACCACACGAUCAUGGAAAAUACUAAAAAGAAUUCAUCAAACACAAUUCUUCAUAAUAAUCUUUCAAAUUACGACCUGGCUCGAUCUCGUUUAUUCCUUUCUGGUUUUUAUUGUUGGGGCUGGGAAUUUCUAACUGCUCUUUUGCUAUUUAGCUAUUAUUGUUAAUUAUUAUCAUAUACGUACGUACGUAUAUUAGUUAUAUUUUCGCUAGCUUAAUUUUUCAACAAAUUAAAUAAAUUGAUCAAAAAUAGUUAGAAUUAGAAUAAUAAAAAUGACGCAUAGGUCAGUUCCGGCCCCGUUUCUUAUCAAGACAUAUAUGAUGGUUGACGAUCCGGCAACAGAUGAUAUUAUUUCGUGGAGCGAAAACGGGACAACGUUUGUCGUUUGGAAAACCGCGGAUUUCGCGAGGGAUUUGCUUCCCAAUUCCUUCAAACACAACAAUUUUUCCAGCUUUGUUCGCCAGCUUAAUACUUAUGGCUUCCGAAAAACUGUGCCGGACAAAUGGGAGUUUGCGAAUGAGAACUUCAAACGUGGGCAAAAAGAACUUCUUAUAGAAAUCCGUCGCCGAAAAACUGUGACACCAACCCAUAAUAAUGCUAAUGCUGCGAAUGGGAAGACAGUUGGAGACGGUGGGCCAACAUCAUCACCGAGUAAUUCGGGUGAUGAUCUUGGCUCUAGCUCAACCUGUUCGCCUGAUUCAAAGAAUCCAGGCUCCGUCGACACUCCGACCGUGGAGAAAUUAGAGAACUUAUCUGAUGAAAAUGAGAAACUGAAGAAAGAGAAACAGAUACUGGCGUCUGAACUUGCACAAAUAAAAAAACAGUGUGAUGAGCUUGUGACAUUCCUAACUCAAAACGUGAAAGUGGCUCCCGAUCAAAUCAAUCGCAUCAUGAAAGGUGAUGUUGUGGUUGGUGAGGAAAAUUCGAACGAUGAUGACGAAAAAAGAGAUUGUUUUAAGUUGUUUGGGGUAUUGCUAAAAGAAGGAAAGAAAAAGAGGGGUCUCGAUGAAAUAAACAUUUCUUCAGGGGCCCAAAGGAAAGAAAUGAAGAUGAGUGAUUUCACUAACUCUACCCCGGGGAUGAAUCCUUAUGCUACAACAGGACACUCAACCAAAGUCUGCAAUUAAACAUAUACAAACAUGACACAUGAUGAUGGGCCCUUUAAUUAAUUUGCAGAACCUUAUUGAUACCAAAAUAUUAUGUUUGGUUCAUACUGUAGAGAUGUAUGUCUACUAUCUAUAUUUUCAUUUGUUUGUGUCAUACACUUUAUAAGUUAAAUAGUGCUACAUACUAUAUCGAGAAUAAAUAUGUACACAAUACACAUAUAAAGGGAGCAACUCAAUUUUUUUUUCUCAGUAAA